CAUGUUGACGCGGGAUUUAGUUGAAUCAGUCAAAAUCAUAAAGUCGCAGUGUUUACCUUCAGAAGAACGUUAAAUAGAUUGAGGAAGAUAAUGGAGCAGAAAUAUGAGGAAGAGAUCCAGAUGCUCCAGCAGGAAAUUGAAAUGCUGGAGGCUGAACAGGAGGAGACUUUACGGUCCAUUUUCAUAGAGCAUGGAGAUCGACUACAGCGGGAACUAAAGUCAGUCUAUAAGGAAAGAGGAGGAGCACAAAAACACACUCUUUCAAAGCUGAUCACAGAAGUCAGAGAGCUGGAAAAAAAACUCAGACGACAGACCGAAAUCAAUGGGAUCGCUCUAAAUGAGUGUUUUGUGAAGACAUUGCACAAAAGUGAAAGAAAACUUGUACAGCAGCUCAGACUUGCAGGUCACUGCAGUGUACUUUUGUUCCAGGUUGAAUUUGCAGUGACUGAGAUUCAGGAAGAUGAUGCACUGCUCAGGAGAGUUACAGAGCUCAAUAUCGUUGUGGAUGGUGUUGAAUUCAAAGAUUUCUCUGCAUUUGUGUCCAGAGUGGAGGACACAAAAGAUCUUCUCUUGUUCUUCAGGACCUUGAGGACGUUCUCUGAGAGGUGUGAGGAGAGGCGUCAAACUUUUCAGCACUUUCAGGAGAAGUACCCAGACGUGGUCAGCCUUCCAGAGGGAUGUCGAUCCGAGCUCAUGAUUAUAAAAAGUCCUCAACUUCCAGGGAUCUCCAUGACCAUAUUCUGGAAGAUAGAUGUGUCCAUGGAAGGAGUGGUAAAGCCAUCGCUUGAGCUCCUGCUGAAAAUGCCAGACCAGGCUCGGGAGUUUGACACCAAAAAAGUGAUGGAAAAUGGCUCGGAUUAUUUUCAGAGCCUCCUGCGGGUUCUUGCGGUGGAAGCAUCUAUCGAGGGCUUGAUAAGAACUGUGUUUGUGAGAACUCAAAAAUUAAGCCAAAGUUCACGCUGUGGGAGCUUCAUAUCUAAUCGUUUAUUCGAUAUAAACACCUGUACAAUCACCCGUUAGGAACUACAUAUUGAUGCCACCUGUACGUUUCUAUCAUUUUUACGUAUGAUAUGCCCACACUGUAUGGAAAUAUACAUCAUUAGACAAGAGCUAGAAAAAUAAAUAAUUUUAAAUACAAAAUGUCUGACAGCAAAAUCCACUUUGUAUUUUCAAAUAGUUACAUUUUAACAUUAGAUUCAAUCACAGAAAUUGUGAUCUUCCUUUCUUUUCUUGCUUAAUAACAGAACUAAUGUCCAUUCCUACCUACAUAGUGAUUAUAGGUCUUUAUUUCAUUAGAAUAACACAAUGUCACCACCUCAGACUCAUAAUAUCUCUGGUUCAAAAGGGGAAAGAUGUUGUUAAAACGAAGGCAAAUACAGCAAUGUCUGUUGUGGAGAAACUGCACUUUUCAAUCAGUUACUUCAUAACACAUCAAAACAUGACAGUCAAACAAACGCCAUCAGUUCGACAACGAAAGAGUUUUCGCUCACAGGUAAGGCGUAUUAAUACUUCUCUUGACACCAGUUCACAUUAAGACAAAGGGGAGUGUGAACACAGUUUGGCAAUGUUGAAUGUUCAUCCAUGUAAAAUGCAAACACUGUUCGCCUGAUGGGAACUGCAUUGACGACUUUGAGUUAAGCAAGCCGAAGCAGUUUGCAUCACGCUAAAAGAGGUAAACAGAAGCAUGAGCAUCACUCACGCCACAGUACAUUGUAACAGUUAUAUUCCCCAUAACAGAGAAAAGCGACCAUGAGGUGCCAUCUUUAGUGUUAGUUACACCGUAAAAUCUGCGCAAACCGUCAACUGUGGUUAUUUUUACGAUCAAAGAUGCCAAACUCACAACUCAUGUAACAUUAAAUCAACACUACCAUUUCUGUGGCCUAUACUGCUUCUCUGAAA